AUGACUAUGCAUUCGAUGACGAGAGAUCCUCCUACUAUGGCGGAGCCUCCAUACCAUUCAUAUGGGAGUCAAGGCCAGGCACACCCAACCACCUCUGCUCCGAUUCCUCUCUUCCUCUGCCGCUCACUCCACCUCCCUCAUAUUACUCCUCCGAGUUGUUGUCGACACCGAAGAGACAGGGCAAGUGAUCUGAGGAGGAGCAAACACGGUAGUAAAAAGACGACCAGCUCAUCGUUUUCUUGGUCUUCUACGUCUUCUUCAUCUUCUUUUUCCUCUUCGCCACCACAUUCUUCGAAAAAACGAGUGAGUCAUGACAAAAAGUCGCCACUUCUGUACGCUAACUACAAAGAGGAUGAGCUUAGGUCGUCGCCUACCUCGACUCUGUGUUACUCCAAUGGUGAAAGAAAUGGAUGUAGCUCUUCAAUGGGGAGUCUGAAGAGAGUUCUGUUCUCCGGAUCAAUGGAGAGUCUGAAGAGACAUGGAACUGGUAAAGCCCUCAUCAACAACGACAAGAAUAAAGCUUGAUUAUGUGAAUGAUUGAAUCUAUGCUCUGUUGUUCAUGUUGUUCUGUGAGCUGCUUUGUUGUCUCAUUGAACAGACAGUGUUAUAGUGCUUGAUGUGUGAAUGUAACUGUAUUACGUGUAUAUAUAGCUUGUAUUGUGGACAGGCUUUUUGUCAAUUCAUGUAUAUCUUGAACCAAGAACGUUCUCCCACUGAUAUUAUAAACCGAUA